UAUGUAUAAUUAGUAAGACUCAAUUAUUAACAAUAUUAAUAUUUUGUAGAACGAAGACCAACAUUACCUUCGAGUUCGAUGUCAUCGCAAGAUUUCCCCGGCGCCCCCAACCAUUGAAGAUAGCUUAAGGUCAGCCGGAUUGUGGGACUUUGCUAAUUUAAACAAAUAUAACGUUGAUAAUCGUUUAAUAGUCGCGUUAUGUGAAAGAUGGAGGCCGGAGACCCACACAUUUCUUUUUCCAUCGGGCGAGUGUACAAUAACGUUGGAAGACGUUCAUAUGCUCCUUGGUUUAAAGGUUAACGGUGAACCGAUUACCGGUAAAACAGAAGUUGGGUGGGAGAUUGUUGAACCAAUAUUAGGAAGUAAGCCAUCAAGCUCUCGCCAUGACGGGAAGAGUAUUAGAUUAUCAUGGCUUCAAGAAUAUAUCAACGGUGUUGGUAUGACAGGUCCCCCCACGACUCUACAUAUGUUUAGAGCCUAUGUCUUAUACUUGAUAGGCUCUCGAAUAAUGCCUAAUAAUAGUGGUAAUCUUGUACAUUUGUCGUUUUUGCAAUUGUUGGAUAAAUCACCUGAGGAGGUUGGCCAGUAUAGUUGGGGUUCAGCUUGUUUGGCCACGCUAUAUAGAUCCUUGUGUGACGGUGCAAUAUAUGGCAAUAUCGAAAUGCCUGGGUGCACAAUUCUCUUGCAAGCAUGGGCGUGGUCAAGAAUGUCAUGCUUAGCUCCCGUGCCAAGGAUACCACCGCAAGCUCAUGCACAACUUCCGUUGGCAAAUAUAUGGCUAGAACAUGGUAAUAAAUUCGUGGAAAAUCCUCGGCAUAAUCUCGUAUGUACGCGUUUAAAAAUCGACACCAUGACAUAUGAUCAGUUCUCCUGGAGGCCUUAUGUCAACUUCAAUUACAACAACGAAGAAGAAAGUCAGAUAUGGUCUGCAAACACAUAUCUCAUCUGUUUUCAGAUUGUCGAGAGACAUCAGACAGACAGAGUAAGGCUUCAAUUUGGCUUACCGCAACACCCACCUUCCUUACCAGAAAAUUUGAAAGAUUUCCACAAAAUUAAUUUGUCAAAAGAUAGAAUUAAAGGCUCGUGGGGAGAUAAGCAUCAUCGUCAAGUCCAAAACUGGAACCAACGUCAUCAAUUAGCACUUCACGGCGUUCGGUAUAACCAUGAGGUUUAUCCAAAUCGUCAAUAUUUUGCAUGGUAUUGGGAAUUUUUCGGAGAUUAUCUGUGGCUUUCUAGAGAAGUAUUAUUGUCAAACACAAGGCAAGCAUAUGCAUCAAUUUUACCAGGAUUGCCGCGUGACUAUCCUGCAGUCCCACAAACUUAUACGGUGCCAGAUGAAAAUAUGUGUUAUCCAGACCAAUCACAAUACUCCUCGUUCAACCUACCAACCCCUCCACCCUUUGUCAACUAUCCCCAAGCAAGCUAUGCACCUCAAUGGCCAAAUUCACAAACAAAUACCAUAGAAAAUCUGGCAGCAGGGUUUAACGACGAUGACUUCGUUAAUGAAAUUUGGACCAACUCAGCUUCACAAGUGCAAAAUGAAGUCGCUAUGGAAACUAACGAUGAUGCUGAAAUUCUUGACGAGGAUGUGGAAGAGGAAGAUGAAGAGGAAGAGGAAGAGCAACACCAACGACCCGUACGGAAUAAAAAAAGAUAA